AUGUCAUUCGCUAUCAAGGUUCAGCCCUUUGCUCCGUUCUUUGCUUACUGUGAUGGAAUUGGCUCCAUUCUCAUCAUCAACGCCCAUUUUAUACACAACGACCCCUCCACAUACGAAGAUCCCCGCGCCUUCAAGCCUGAAAGGUGGGAGGGAAAGCUGCAAGAUGUCAAGGAAGACUCGGUCGGUGCACGCUCGGAGCUCUUCACUUUUGGAGCCGGGCGCCGGAUCUGCCCGGGUCAGCAUCUCGCGGAGCGGAACUUGUUCCUGACGGUGUCUAAGAUCAUCUGGGCAUGCGAUAUUUCCAAGAAAACUGAGAACGGAAACGAGACUCCGAUAGAUACGGAGGAAUACUCGCCUGGCGGUGUCAUUUCGAUAGCGCCAUAUCCUGUGGAUAUCAAGCCCAGGAGCAGGGCUCGUUUGGACGUGGCAAAACGCGAGUGGCAGACUGGGCGCGAGGAGCUCUUAGACGAGAACGAGCAGUGGAGGAAGGUGCCUCCCGGUGUGGAAGAGUUGAUGAGAAGGGUGAAAUAG